AUUUUGGUGCAGUGUUUUGGUGAGGCUCAGGCAGCACUACAGCGGCUCCACGGUACACGUGCAUGGAAAGAAGGCGAAGUGAUCACCAUGAGUGCCAAGAGGAAACACGAUAGUAUCGCUUCCACCACCCAGUCUGUCUUUGAGGAGGAUGACUCCAAGACAAAUUUUCUGGUUAUGAAUGGAGAGGAAGAAGGAGACUCUUCUGAUCCUGAUGCAAGUGAUAUAGAAGAUGACAGUGGUAGUGAAGAGGAGGAUGAAGGAAAUAACAGUGGUGAGGGAGACAGUCUUGAUGAAGAUGAAGUAGAAGAUGCAAGUGAAGAUGAAGAUGAUGAUGAAGGUGAUGAUGAGGAGGCCAGCAGUGAUGAAGAUUCAUUUGGUGAUGAUGAAGAAGAGGAGGAAACUAAUGAUAAAAAAGAAAAGAUGAUAGUGUCAGAGGCAAAGGUAGACAGAGACAGUGGCAUAGAUGAUCCUCCUCAGGCAAAAGUGAGGCUCAAGAAAGUGAAAAGCAAAGUAAAUGAAAAGCGUAAGCAAGCAAGUAUCAGUGGAAGAGAAAGCAGUGCAGCCACAUCCCUCAGCAGCCCAAUCACAGCCACACCUCCAGGCAUCACCCCGGCCCCAACCACCAGCACGCAGGACGAGUAUGAAGAGGAUUCAUCAGAUGAAGAGGAUUUGCGCAACACAAUGGGAAAUGUGCCCAUCAAGUGGUAUGAUGAAUACCCUCACCUUGGUUAUGACCUCGAUGGGAAACAAAUCCUCAAACCCAAACGAGGCGACACCCUAGACAACUUCCUCAACAGGAUGGAGAACCCAGACUACAACCGGACUGUGUUUGACAAGCAGACAGGCCAAGAUGUGAGGCUCAGCGAUGGGGAUCUAGACAUAGUGAAGCGUAUCAUGUCUCACCGAGUUCCCGACGGAAGCUACGACAUGUACGCCCCGUGGAUAGAUCACUUCACCCAUGAGGUCAUGGAUAUGCCGCUCUCUGGCCGGCCCGAGAGCAAGCAGUCAUUCAUUCCCUCUAAGAGUGAGGCAGCUUGGGUGGCGAGGAGAGCAGAGCAGAUUCGGCGAGGGCUCAUCAAGUACACCCACAAGAAAGAAGAGAAACACAACUUUUACGAUCUGUGGGCCAACACGGAGAGACUUAGAGGAAUACACAACCACAUGCCAGCACCCAAGUUGAAGCUUCCAGGUCACAGUCAGUCGUACAACCCUCCACCAGAGUACCUUCCCAUCAACAAGGAGCCUUACAAGAGUCUACGGAAGGUGCCCGGCUAUCACUUCUAUAUCAAGGAGAGGUUUGAGAGAUGCUUGGAUCUUUACAUUGCACCGAGGAAGAGAGUGAUGCGGGUGAAGGCAGAGUCCAAGGACUUGAUCCCUGUGUUGCCGAAGCCUCAGGACCUGCGGCCAUUCCCCUCCAUGAUGGGCCACAUCUUCAAGGGCCACCGCUCCAUCAUCAGGUCCAUUUCAGUGCACCCUCAGGGCAAAUAUCUCGCCUCUGGCUCAGAUGACCACACUGUUAAGAUCUGGGAGAUCAGCACUGGGCGUUGUCUGCGCAGCUUUGAUGUUGAGGCAGCUGUCAAGUGUGUGGCGUGGAACCCGUCCAGCAAGCUCUUCCUGGUGGCCGUUGUGAUUGAGAACAAGGUGAUCUUUCUGAAUCCUGAGACUUACCUCAUGGACAAGCUGGUGGUGCAACAGACCAACGCUGUCUUCAGGGAGGAGCCAGACCAGGGAGAUUACAUCCAGCCGGAACGUGUGAAGACUGCAGUGACAUGGAAGAAACCAACACCAGAUGAGUGGGCCAAGGGUUACAGGAUUGUGUUGGAGCACUUCAGAAUGGUCAAACAGGUUGUCUGGCACAAGCAGGGUGACUACUUUGCCACCCUGAUUCCUGAAGGUGACCACCGCUCAGUCAUGAUGCACCAGCUGAGUCGCUGGCGGUCACAGGUUCCCUUUAACAAGUGCAAGGGACGUGUCCAGGCCCUGAACUUCCACCCCAAGUAUCCUUUCCUCUACAUGGCAAGCCAGACACACAUCCGAGUGUACAACCUGCAGAAGCAGCGGAUGCUCAAGAAGGUUCGGGCAAACAGCCGCUGGGUGUCUUCCAUUGCCAUUCAUCCUGGCGGGGAACACUUCCUUGUUGGUGGAUAUGAUCGCAAGCUGAACUGGUUUGAGAUGGAGUGCACUAGGACACCUCAUGCACUGAGGUUCCACAAGGGAGCAAUUCGUGGAGUUGCCUUCCACCGCAAAUAUCCACUGUUUGCCUCGGUGUCGGACGAAGGAAGGAUCAUCGUGUCUCAUGGGAUGGUGUAUGAUGAUUGGCUGAAGGACCCUUUCCUGGUACCCCUGAAGGAGCUGCGAGGACAUUCCCGCUUUGAGGACCUGUGUGUGUUGGACGUCACCUGGCACCCCUACGAGCCCUUCCUCUUCACCUCUGGGGCUGAUGCCACCAUCCGCCUGUGGCACUGAGGGGUCAUCUGUGGAGGGACACUGCUCAGUGGUGGUGUGUCUGUGACAGUGAAAAGGAGUUGGGUUCAUCAUUAUUACACUUCACCACUCACUCAGUACAUUGUUACUCCAAUGACUUACUUCAUCAUAGAACAUUUUCUGUAAAGCAAUUAUAGCAUCAGUAACAGCAGUUAUGCUAUAAUUCCAUUACUUUCACUAGUAAUAUUGCAAUGGUAUAUUGAAUUUGUUAAUAAAGUAUGAAAAGCUACAA